GGAACACGUGGCGCGCUAAGCAAACGCUUGAUUUCUUUUCCAAUAAACUAGAGGUAUCCCGCCUAAUCUUUCGUUUCGAAGUUGCCACGUCAUCUGUAAAGACCCAAAAUCACCUGCUGUGGCGCCUCGUGAUAUUCAUUAUAGAGUUACUGUUAUACAAUAUACACAGACUCUUAUUCCUCCAAAUAGAAAUUCGAUCUAAUCAUUCAUCUUCAAAAACAAUACGAGAAAAAAACGAAUUACGGUUUUAAUUUAUUUAUUGAUUUGUAAGAAUCUAUUUAUUUUUGUUGAGAGCGAAAUCGAGAAGUAAUGGAGAGUGUUGAUUCGGCUCGCGCAUUUGUUAGAGACGUUAAGCGUGUCAUAAUCAAGGUUGGAACUGCUGUUGUCACUCGAGUUGAUGGGAGAUUAGCACUUGGAAGGUUAGGAGCACUCUGUGAGCAGAUUCUAGAACUGAACAAUCAGGGAUAUGAGGUUAUUUUGGUGACAUCAGGAGCAGUUGGUGUUGGUCGUCAACGGCUUCGAUAUAGGAGAUUGAUUAACAGCAGCUUUGCUGAUCUCCAAAAACCCCAACUCGAACUUGAUGGGAAAGCUUGUGCAGCUGUUGGACAAAAUGGUCUCAUGGCUGUCUAUGAUAUUUUGUUUAGUCAGUUGGAUGUGACAUCAGCACAGCUUCUCGUGACUGAUAAUGAUUUUAGGGAUCCAAAUUUCAGAAGACAACUCAAUGACACUGUAGAGUCUUUGUUGUCUCUGAAGGUUGUUCCUAUAUUUAAUGAAAAUGAUGCAGUCAGUACAAGGAAAGCUCCCUAUGAGGACUCUUCCGGAAUAUUUUGGGAUAACGACAGUUUAGCUUCUCUACUAGCGCUGGAGCUAAAAGCUGACCUCCUCGUUCUGUUGAGUGAUGUAGAUGGUCUUUAUAGUGGGCCUCCAAGUGAUCCACAUUCAAAGCUAAUUCAUACAUACAUUAAGGAGAGGCAUGAGGGCUUAAUUACUUUUGGAGACAAAUCUCGGGUUGGAAGAGGGGGUAUGACUGCCAAAGUAAAAGCUGCAGUUCAUGCUGCUCAUGCUGGUGUCCCUGUUAUUAUCGCCAGUGGCUUCUUGGGUGACAGUAUUCUUAAAGUACUUAACGGGAAUAAUAUUGGUACUCUUUUUCAUCGGGAGGCUAAUGAAUGGGUCCCGCUCACAGAAGUUGGAGCACGUGAGAUGGCAGUUGAAGCUAGGGAAAGUUCCAGAAGACUGCAGGCUAUGUCUUCACAAGAAAGGAGUAAAGUUUUGCUGAAUAUAGCUGAUGCUUUGGAGGCAAGUGAAAAGCUGAUAAUUGCUGAAAAUGAAGCUGAUAUUGCUGAGGCACAGCUGGCAGGAUAUGAGAAGUCUUUAGUUUCUAGGCUGGCCUUGAAGUCUGGUAAGGUUUCAAGUCUAGCAAAGUCUAUUCGCAUUCUUGCAGAUAUGGAGGAGCCAACUGGGCAAGUUUUGAAGAGAACAGAGCUUUCACAAGGAUUUAUCUUGGAGAAAAUGUCUUCUCCUUUGGGUGUUCUUUUGAUUAUUUUUGAAUCUCGGCCUGAUGCACUAGUGCAGAUAGCUUCAUUAGCAAUUAGGAGUGGAAAUGGGCUUCUAUUGAAAGGAGGCAAGGAAGCCAAGCGCUCAAAUGCUAUCUUGCAUAAGGUAAUCACUUCAGCUAUCCCCGAAAAUGUUGGUGAAGGACUUAUUGGACUUGUAGCCUCCAGAGAAGAUAUUCCUGAAUUGCUCAAGCUGGAUGAUGUAAUCGAUCUUGUAAUUCCUAGAGGAGGCAAUAAACUUGUUUCUAAAAUCAAAGCUUCUACUAAGAUUCCAGUUCUUGGUCACUCUGAUGGAAUUUGUCACAUCUAUGUAGAUAAGUCUGCUGAUAUGGUUAAGGCAAAGCACAUUGUUUUGGACUCAAAAACAGAUUAUCCUGCAGCCUGCAAUGCCAUGGAAACACUUCUUGUGCAUACUGAGUUGGUGAAUACUGGUGGCCUUAAUGAGCUUAUUGUGGAACUUCAAAUCAAAGGGGUUACAAUAUAUGGUGGAUCUCGGGCGAGCUCUAUGCUGAAUCUUCCAGAGGCAUCUUCAUUUCACCAUGAAUAUAGUUCUUUGGCUUGCACUAUUGAAGUUGUGGAUGAUGUGUAUGCUGCCAUUGAUCAUAUACAUCAGUAUGGAAGUGGGCAUACUGAUUGCAUAAUCACUGAGGACCAUGACAUUGCGGAAAUGUUUUUACAUCAAGUAGACAGUGCUGCUGUUUUUCACAAUGCAAGUACAAGAUUUUGUGAUGGCUUUCGUUUUGGACUUGGGGCAGAGGUUGGGAUCAGCACAAGUCGAAUUCAUGCUCGUGGACCAGUUGGUGUUGAAGGAUUGCUAACGACACGAUGGAUUGCGAGAGGAAGUGGACAAGUGGUGGAUGGUGAUCACGGAGUUGUUUAUACUCACAAGUCCCUAACUCAGGAUUGAGACAUUGCAAUUGAUCGGUGCAUGUUUGGUAAGCAAUAUUAGAUAGUACAGUCAAAGUAUUAUCUAAUCUCCUUUACGAAAUAUGCCGCGAAAGUGUUCAGCAGUUUAUGUUCUCCAGGUUGUCGUGUGAUAUAUUCACAUUAAUGUUCAAUUACUCUCAAAGCAAGGUGGUUGUUGGUUCUUUUCGGCUCUUAAAACUAAAGGAGGAAUGAACCAGCCCCAGUUAGAGUUGUCAAUGGAUCGGAUAUGGAGCGGAUCUGUUCAAAUCCAAUCCAAUCCGAUAAUCCAACGGAUAUUUGAUUGUUAAAUCUAUAUUCGAUUUGCUAUGUUAUCGGAUAUCCGAUCCGAAAAUCCGAUCCGAAUUUUUUUCAAAAAAAAAUAUUUUAACUAUCUUGAUGGGCUCACCUAAUAUACUAGAAGGUCCAAAUAAAUUUUUUAUCCAAGUGAUGCUCAUUUAGUUCCUUUUAAAGAAGAUUUCUCUUGAAAUGUUUUAAUAAUCUUUCUAUGUGGGAGACUACAUUUUUAAAGGGUACUUCUCUUCUAAUGUUUUAGGGUCU